AUGAGGCAGCCCCACACUGCUGCCCUGCUGCUGCUGCCGCUGCUGCUGACAUCUGGGAUUGAAGGGGCCAGGGCUCUGAGAGCCUGUGGGCAUCCAAAGAUGUUCAACCGGAUGGUGGGCGGGGAGGAUGCCUUGGAAGGCGAGUGGCCUUGGCAGGUCAGCAUCCAGCGCAAUGGAGUCCACUUCUGCGGGGGCAGUCUCAUCGCACCGAUGUGGGUCCUCACCGCUGCACACUGCUUCUCCAACACUUCAGACAUAUCCAUAUACCAGGUCCUGCUGGGAGCCCUGAAGCUGCAGCAGCCGGGACCACGCGCCUUGUACGUUCCCGUGAAGCGGGUGAAAAGCAACCCUCAGUACCAAGGCAUGGCCUCCAGUGCCGACGUGGCUCUGGUGGAGCUGCAGGAGCCUGUGACCUUCACCAGUUACAUCCUUCCAGUGUGCCUGCCUGAUCCCUCGGUCGUCUUUGAGUCGGGCAUGAACUGCUGGGUCACUGGCUGGGGCAGCCCCAGUGAACAAGACCGACUGCCCAACCCACGGAUCCUGCAGAAACUUGCUGUGCCUAUCAUUGACACGCCCAAGUGCAACCUGCUGUACAGCAAAGAUGUCGAGUCUGACUUCCAGCUCAAAACCAUCAAGGAUGACAUGCUCUGUGCAGGCUUUGCAGAGGGCAAGAAGGACGCCUGCAAGGGUGACUCUGGAGGCCCACUGGUGUGCCUUGUGGACCAGGCAUGGGUGCAGGCUGGGGUGAUCAGCUGGGGAGAGGGCUGUGCCCGUCGGAAUCGCCCAGGUGUCUACAUCCGUGUGACUUCUCAUCACGAGUGGAUCCACCAAAUCAUCCCAGAACUGCAGUUUCAGGGGAAGGCUGGCAGCCAGCAGCAGCAAAGAGACCCCCGAGGUCAGCAGCGCCUGGCGGAGGAGAGCUCCGCCCCCUGCCUGGCUGCUCAUGCCCUGGUGCUGGCCCUGGGAGCACUGCUGCUCCUGGUCCUCUGA